CACUUGUUUAAUGGAGUGAUUUUAUUAUAGUGUGAAACUAAAUUUAUUCGACUCUUAUUAUAUAUAUAGAUAUAUAGACAACAUUUGAUAUAUGAGUUUAAAUUUUCUAUUAAUUAUUACAUGUAAACCUAAUUUUGUUUGAAGAGGGGUGAAUCGUGCAGUUUGGUAUCAAACAAAAAGGUCAAGCUCUCCUCUUCUCCCUUCUUUCUUGUGUAGCCAUUAUCCUCUGAUCGGUCAACCAGCCAUGGCAAACCAACCUAAAUCCAUCCAUGAUUUCACAGUCAAGGAUGCUAAUGGAAAUUGUGUUGAUCUUGGCAUCUACAAAGGAAAAGUUCUACUUGUAAUCAACGUUGCCUCCAAAUGUGGAUUGACGAAUUCCAAUUAUGCUGAAUUAAAUCAACUCUACGCAAAAUACAAAGAUGAAGGUUUGGAGAUCUUAGCGUUUCCAUGUAAUCAGUUUGGGGAAGAGGAGCCUGGGAGUAACGAACAAAUUCUAGAGUUUGUUUGCACUCGAUACAAAUCAGAGUUUCCCAUUUUUGACAAGAUUGAAGUGAAUGGUGAUAAUGCUGCACCAUUGUACAAGUUCUUGAAGUCUGGAAAAUGGGGGAUUUUUGGGGAUGACAUUCAAUGGAACUUUGCAAAAUUCCUGGUUGAUAAGAAUGGAGAACCUGUUGAACGAUAUUACCCCACAACUUCACCUCUUACAAUCGAGCGAGAUGUGCAGAAACUUGUGGGUGUCUUGGAUGCUUCAUCAUAGAAUCACAAAAGGCUUUUGUUUCCAUGAGAGACUAAUGUGUAAUCAUCAAAGUGCUAAAGGAGUCUAUUUAUUAACUUUGACAUGAUCUCAAAACGACAUCGUUUUAGCUUCUUUUUUUGUUGUUGAACGCUUAAGAGAAGUGGCCGUUUUUUAGCAAAAUUUCAUGAUACACACAUGACACAUGUAUGUAGAUGAGAAUACAUUCAAAGAAGUGAAGUUUCCAUUAAAUUAACCAAAAACAACACAAAUACACAAUGACAAUGUCACAUUUCAAGAUAAGACUAUCACCUCAAAACCAUAAAAAUGGUC